GAGCAAACAAUGGCGUCAUGAAAGUAUAAGAAGACGAGUGUCGGGGCUCCUUCAGGCGAGGCUGGAACACACUGGCACUUCCAACCUGAUGGACUCUUGUCUGCACUCGCCCAGGAAUGCCGUCAGAGGAGUUUGUGCGUGGGAUGUUGUAUUUAUCCCUGACUGUGGUGGGCAUCCCUGGCAACACCGCCAUCGUUGUGGCCUUUCUCUCUGUCUUGCACCGGGACAAGCGCCUCCUCGCCGCUGAUGCCAUUGUGCUGCACUUGGCUUGCGUCAACCUGGUGGUGGUGGCCGUGCGUUGCCUGCUGGAGACGCUGGCGUCCCUCCGCCUGGCCGACAUCUUCAGCGAGGCCGCCUGCAAGGGUGUCAUUUUCGCCUACCGGACGUCCCGCUCGCUCUCCAUCUGGUUCACCUUCGUCCUCAGCGCCUACCAGUGCCUGAGCAUCGCCCCUCCCGGGUCACGCUGGGCUUCCUUCCGGUCUUUGCUGGGCCGCUAUUUGUGGGUGGUGUUCCUGGCCCUCUGGCUGAUCAACACGUGCAUGACCUCGGCCGCCGUUCUCUUCUCCCUCAACGCCAUGAACGCGUCGUUGUCCGCCAACCACGGCAUCAAUGUGCAGUUCUGCUACGUCAACUUCCCCUCCAAGCUCUCCAAAGAGGCCAACGGGGCAGCGCAGGUGGGCAGAGACGUGGUGCCCAUGAUGCUCAUGACGCUCGCCAGCCUCAUCAUCCUACACUUCCUUUACAAGCACAGCAAGCAGCUCAAGGGCCUUCGCGGCGCAAGCGGAGGAAGAGGCGGCAGUUCGGAGCGGCGGGCGGCCAAAGUCGUGGUGGCCCUGGUGACUUUGUACGUGGUCCUCUACGGCGUGGACAACGGAAUCUGGGUGUACACCCUCACAGUGAGGAAAACCAUGAGCAAGUCGCUUUUUUCCGACCUGCGUAUAUUCUUCUCCUCGCUGUACUGCGCGCUGAGCCCGGUGGUCAUCAUCGCGUCCAACAGGAAGGUGAUCGGCCGACUUCGGUGCGCCGUGCAGUCCAAAGUUAUCAAGGAGGGAGCGACCACUCUUUCCACUCUCUAGUGACCAGAAUUUUGUACAAACUUAAAACUAAUAUAGCCAUUGAAGUUCAAUUACAACGUUGCAUGAAUCAAAUUAAGAACGACUACCCAGGUCACUUCUCAAAAGUAUACCUAGCAUAUGACACAGACGUCAUAACGCCAUCAAAGCUCACCUUUAAAAAUUCACACCCAGCCCGAUCAAGGAUGAGGCAAAAGGUAAAAAUAUAUCUAUUUCUGGCAGUAAGGGGUCAGAACGUACGUGCAAGUUUUACUUUUGGAUCUAAAUGCCCAUAACUGUGAUGCAGUCAAGGAACCUCAAUUAAACUUAGAAACAGACUUUUCUACAAGUGUUUGUAGUUUCAAACACAGGGGUGGACUUAACUCCUAUAGAAGAUGCACUAACCUUAUUGUAAUUAUAAUAAAAAAGGCAAACUAUUUGUGGCAGCUUGGGGGGAAUACGUGGAAGUUUUACUUUUGCAUCUAAAUGCUCAUAACUGUGAUGCCGUCAAGGACCCUCAAAGAAAGUUAGAAACAGAGUUUUCUAGUUUCAAAGACAGGAGUGGACCUUAAAUCCUAUAGGAAAUGGACUAAUAAUAAUAUAAUUCUAAUGCUGCGAUGAGGUGGCGACUUGUCCAGGGUGUACACCGCCUUCCGCCCGAAUGCAGCUGAGACAGGCAACAGCACCCCCCGCGACCCCAAAAGGGACAAGCGGCAGAAAAUGAAUGGAUGGAUUCGAAUGAUCUAUUAUUAUUUGAGUUAUCCAUUGAUGAUAAUUCUACGUGUAGCAUCUUAUUGCUACUCUAAAGCAGGGGUGAUCAUUUCAAGGUCCAGGGACCCUUCAUUUUAUAUGGAACGCGAACAGCUGGAAAUAAUAUGCGUCAAUAAAUUACUUUCUUACUAAAUGUAGUAAUUUUUUCCAUUUUCACAGAAAAAAAAACUUAAUUACAUAUAUUUUACAUCUGAAUAUAACACAGAAAUGCAACAAUAAUAUACAUAUAUAUGUCGUAAUAAAAAUAAAUACUUAUAUAUCUUGCACGGAUUAUGUUUUUAAAGCAAGUUAUCCCUCACCCUUACCAGAAUUUUACUGUAAAAAAACGUUUUCCAUUUGCUGUAAUACACAAACAACUUAAAAUCCUACAUUAGAAAAAAAAUCUGUGGUAGUUUUUUUUACAUUUGAAGUAAAAACAAAACACACUGUCAAUUUCAUGGUACUAUUCUGGUGACUGAGCUGCAAAAUUUUUCACUGGAAAAUUAAAAAAUUUUUUUUACAACGUUCAUGUCAAAUAUGUAAUAAAAUACAGAGGCAAUUAUGUAUUAUCAUUGGGCAAAUCCUUAAUCCUUACACCAGGGGUCGGGAACCUUUUUGGUUGAGAGAGCCAUGAAAGCCAAAUAUUUCAAAACAUAUUUCCGUGAGAGCCAUAUAAUAUUUUUUAACACUGAAUACAA